AUGUUAGUCUCCAAACCCCGAGUUCAGAUUGAGGAUGAUGAAAUCGAGGUGGCCGACGAGUUCGUGUUGGUGUAUUUGAGCUCACUGGUGAACGCCGAAAAUGAUGUCAUCACAUCAGCCGAAAACGGUGAACUUCCCACCAAUUGGCUGAACAAUAGCGCCAUUCAAUCGCUAAUCGGUGCCAUUUUCGAUCAGAUCGAUCACAUCGAUAUUGUAAUUGGUGAGCACGACUCGACAAGUCCUAUUUUCUGGGAUCAAAUCGACUACCUCAUUCGUCGCGAGGAAGCAGUUUUUCGAUGGAAGUCAAUUCGAAUCUAUGGCGGAGAGAUAUUGGCGAUACCCGACGGGGAACCCAGAUGCACCGGAGAUCAAUCGAUACUGUCCACUAAGGUAACCGAUGCGUUCGAUUCGCUCGAUAUGAUCAAUCGAGACUACUCUAAGGAGUUCAGUUUGUUCCGAUGGGAUCUAUCGUUCGACACGUUUGCGAAAAUUUGGGAUCAAAACCAUCACAACGGUUACCUGGUGUUUACGAACAUGAGCACGUUUGAAACGAUGCUGAAGUGCUUGCUCGAUCCACUGGCGACGUAUCUAAUCGUUUUGGAUGCGGGAGAAGAGUUUAGACUGGACGACAUGUCCAACAUGAUGUAUUCGCUGUGGCUUCACGACAAUCUGUAUAGAUUGUUCUUCCUGGUUAGUGAACGAAUCUACACCUUCGAUCCAUUUGAAGUUGAUGGGUCCAGGUAUGGGUUAUUGAUAGAACUGCUGGAUCAAAGGAGCAUUCCGAAAAUCCCGGAGAGUGACUUCAAUGGUUAUCCACUAAGAAUUGACAUAUUUCGAUCAACGUAUUCGGAACCGGUACUGGACGCAACUGGUGUCGUAACCUAUUUCGAUGGGGCCGACGUCGAAGUUAGUCGAGUGUUCACCAAAAUACUUAAUUUUACAGCGAACUACCUGCCUCCGGACAAGGACAACUUCGGUACCCAGCUUCCUAACGGUAGCUUCAACGGAGUCAUAGGACGCCUGUCCCGUCAUGAAAGCGAUAUCGCCUUUGUAGGAUUUUUCAUCAAGGACUACUUCAGUCGAGACGUCGAGUUCACCACCGGAAUUUACACUGACGAACUGUGCUGCCUGGUGAGGAAGGCUAGCCGAGUUCCGGAGUAUCUGGUUCCGAUCACCAUCUUCCCGGCGGAUCUGUGGGGCCUGCUGUUUCUGAUGGGGAUCGUCUGUUCGAUAGCUUGGAUCGUCCUUCGUGCGGGUAUCCAAGCAAAAGGUACCACCGGGAUUCGUUGGGCUCAGCGGCGACGCUUUGCCUUUCUGUUUAACCUUUCCAAUGAAAUUCGUGAUGCUCCUUUGUAUCGCAAAAUGGUUCAAAUAUUUGUUGAUACCUACAUAAUUCUGGUGAGCGGCCCCUAUCAGCGGUUUACCCGUUCCGGCAUCGAACGACUGAUGCUGUUUGGUAUCAUGAUGGUUAGUUUGAUCUUCGUGUCGAUGUUCCAGUCGGGCUUGUCUUCCGUUUUCCUGAAUCCAGUGUAUUACAAGGACAUCGAUAGCCUGCAACGGCUGGACGAAUCCGGCGUGAAAAUCCCCGUAAAAUACAAGGGAUACAUGGACGAUGUGUUCCCGGCUAACUACAGUCCGAUGAUGGACUCGCUGCGAAACAAAAUGGCAUUGCAGCUGGUCAAGGAAUCAAUGUUGUCUCGAGUGGCCCGGUUGGGAACUAUCUCUACGGUGACGCGUAAAACCACCCUUUCUCUGGAUAACGCAGUCUACAUAACAACGAAGCAGCUGUUCAUGAUUCCCGAGUGUCCCCGGUCUUACAAUCUGGGGUACGUAGUGCCGCGACAUUCGGUGCUUCUGGAGCGAAUGAACGUGAUGCUGUUGUGGAUGUUGAACGGUGGACUGAUCAACCAUUGGAUCGAUGUGAUGAACUUUAACGUGUCGAUUAAGGAUUGGGAACAGAUAAGGAAUUCUGAGGCGGCUAACUUCAAAAUCCUGACGAUGAUCGAUAUGCAGCUUCCGUUCUAUUUGCUGGUCAUUGGGCUUAUCCUGAGUACCGUAGUGUUUGUCUGCGAACAGCUUUAUUACAGGUUUCUAAAAUAG